AUGAAACGAAUAAUCGGUCGUAUUUGUAGUGAUGAAGAUAGUGAUGCAGUUAAUGGACUACUCAUCUCAUCAGAUAUUAUCAAUGAUGAUAAUGAAAACCAACAAAUUGAAAGGAAAAGAAAUUAUGUGGAUGGUUUGAAUACGCUUGCUGCAUUGUUCAAUGCGCCAUUCGUUGAGAUCACUGCGGAUGGACCAAAUCUAGUAUGGCGAUCGACGUCUACAUGGGGUCACAUCUUACCGAUUGUAUUGUUCGUGAAGAAGGAUUCAAAAUGCGUGUGUGUUUCGAUGAAUAACGAUGAUGCGAAGAAUUUAUUACCGUUACGGAGGUAUUUGCUGUAUGCUGAACAAAAUAUUUGUGUUUAUUCACAGACAUUCAACUUAAUCAUUUACCAAAUAUUGGAUAUAUUCAGUGAAUUUGCAAAGCGUUCAUUAUUUCCGAUUCUAUCUGUUGACGUAAUUCACGCAGAUGAAAAUCUUUGGCUGACAAUAGAUUUGCCACAUUUAUUCGAGCAACAACGACGAUAUUUGGUGACUGAGAAGUGUGUGCGAAUAAAUGAAACUGCAACAAAAAGUGAGCGGAACGAGACGAGAUUGCGUGAUAUCACUGAGGAGUGGUGUUCGAAACGCUUGUCGAACUUCGACUAUUUACUGAAACUAAACGAAUUCGCUGGUCGAGAUAGGGAACAUUCUGAUAAUCACUACAUCAUGCCGUGGUGGGUACCAGAGGAAUAUCCUCGCUCUGUGGCACGAAUUUACGAAUGGACACCGGACGAGUGCAUUCCCGAAUUCUACAGUGAUCCUUCUCUCUUUCACUCGAUCCAUCCAGAUAUGUGUGAUUUGGAAUUGCCAUCGUGGUGUGAUGAUGCGAAUGAUUUCAUAGAAUGGCAUCGCUCGAUGCUCGAGUCUGAUUACGUGUCGUCGAAUUUGCAUCAGUGGAUCGAUUUGGUAUUCGGAUAUAAGUUGUGUGGUACCUAUGCAGUCGAUGAACUGAACGUGCAUUUGUCAUCAGUGCAGAAGAGUCACAUACCACGCACGUCCGGCAUUGUACAACUCUUCAACGUGCCUCAUCCAAAAAGAAGAUUAAACUCAUCAGAGGGAAAUAUAAUCGUAAACGUAUUGGAUUCACCCAAAUAUAAUCCAUUAUAUCGUGCUUUGAACAGUUCACGUCUUGUCGACGAACCCGCUGAUAAUGGAGGGACACUUCAUUUGAGUGACAUUUUCAGAGAUGUUCAGCAGUCGGCGCAGAAACAAAAUAAGCAGCAAAAUGAUUCAGUGCUGAGUAUUGCGGUAACGAUAUUGGAAUUGACGUUGUCGAAGUAUUGUCGUGACUUGUCGCCGACAGCUGCAUUUGAAGAUCGACUGAGUAGAGCCAAGAGGUUGAUUCUGUCUUAUGGAUAUUUAGUACCCGGACACAUCCGUGAACCGCUGAAACUGAUUUUACGAAACGAUCCGUGUGAAUGGCGAUUAGAGAAGAGUGUAUAUAUAUCAAAUUGGUUAUUAAACACGUUCAAUCUGCCAUCGAAAAUAAUGCAUAUUCACUCGCACUUGGUCGAUUUUCAUAAUUUAGCAUACAGACGAAUGUUGUUACCUCGAGAUGAAAAGAAUGGCGAUCUAUUGAAUGAGCAGGUGGAAUCGCUGAUUGAAUGUAUGCGUAUAAACGAACACGAUUUGCGUUAUAACUUAUCAAGUUUAUUCAUCAAGUUACUAUCAGAUCCAACAAUUGCAAUAGCAGUACUGACCAAUGCAUUUGUUUAUCUGAUCUUUUAUUUCGAUUCGAACGACUUCAACGAUAUUCUCUUACCUGUUAUCAAUAAUAUUUAUCACGAUGAGGCGUUUUAUCCGAGUGUUUUGAAGUUAUUGGAUCGACGUUUCUUGAUACAGUUGAGUAUUGCGAUCGGAACCGAAAGUUUCAUGCAGAGUAUCGUUCCAUCAUUGGUACAGUUAUUGUCGUCAGAUCGAGUGUGUCGCAGUGAGAUCAUCAAUUUAGACAUCAAUAUUGACGGUGAUAAGAGUUGUUCGAACGUUAUCGCAUGCUUACUCGAGAUCGCUGUCUUGUACGGUGUUUCGUUCAUAACCGAUCAAUAUCUGCCGUAUUGCUGCGAAAUCAUUCAGCAGACAAUUAAACGCAUCAACUGUUCCAAUGAAUGCGCCUCUAUCGCAGCCGUAUUGCUGCUACAAAACUGCUGCAAUUAUCUGUCUGACAAGCAACUGAUGGAUUAUCUGCAAGAACAAAUUAUCGACUCAUUCCUGCAUCCGUCAGUGAAUUUGUUUUGUUCGGCAGCAGUACAAUUCUCAUCGAUCUCAAUGCGGCGAUUAUUCGUGUCUCGUCUUAUUUCAACCAUUCAUUUGUUAUCGUGUCGAAUUGGUUAUGAAAACGUUAUGAGGUAUUUGUCGUGUACAAUACAACAAAUAUUCAGUACGUUCGAUUUAUUCUACGAAAUUAUUGAUGAGAAUAUAAAAUGCAAAGACAUCGAACGCUCGCAGUUGAGUGAAUUAUUUUCGAUCUCAUUCGCUGAAUUAUUGAUUCGUUUAUUCUCGUCGGUAUGUGGUCAUGCGUUCACAAUCGACAGCAGCAAAUCGAAAUCGAUCUCGGUUAUUAUUACGAAGCUGUGCGAUAAACAGUACAGUUUAUUGCCACGCACUACAUUCGCCAUAAGUUCGGGCAAUAAACUGAGUACGUUGAUCAAUAAUAUCGAUGUCAACAUGCCGUCACAAUCCAUUUCAAAUUUUGAUCCGUCAUCCGAUUUGUCAUUGAAUGAUAAGAUGACGCAUUCGUCAUCGUCACAAAUGAACGCAAACUGCUCAGCGCAUUACCGUGCGAUUUUAUCGCUCUCCUCGGCGCAACUCAUACCCUUCAAUCAACUCUCAAUCGCCUCCUUUAAUGAGCACUCAUCAGCCAUACGUCGUCUCGCCGUUAUGCCCAAUGAAAAUUGCUUCGCGUCUGCAUCUUUUGACAAAACCAUCAAAUUGUGGUCUAUUAAAUACAAUCAGCUGCGUGGACAGCGUUCUCAGUGGACUUAUCGUCAGCAUACAAGACCGAUUCUCGAUCUUUGCCUGUUACCAUCGAUUAAUCUGAUUGCAUCCACCGAUUCAUCAUUNCACAUAUGGGAUCCAUUUCGGGGCUCGAUCGUGUCGCAGUUCGACUGGCCACUAGUUGGUGAUUCGGCCAUCACGAAUAUCGCCACCUUGGAUAGAUCUGUUGUGAUCACUUCGGCUCCAAUUGAUAAUUCACUCCGGUUGAUCGAUGUGCGUGCGGGUCGAUUUUGUUAUCGUUUGUAUGCAUCCGAGUCGAUUCACACACUGAAAUGCCUGGCGCAUAAUUCAUCGAACAGUACUAUCAGGUGUUUUGCAAUAUCACCAAAUCAAAAGUACUGCGCAGUUGCUCUGUCAAACGGAGUACUUUCGAUAGUGGACAUUCGAAGUGGUUGUGUGAAGUCGAUUUCGAUGCAUAUCCAUUCGGAUACAAUCGAGCCGUCGGGUCGUAUCAAAUUAUUCAGUGUAAAUAUUAAUAGCGGUAAUGCUGCUGACAGUAGUGAUAUUAAUCAUAAUGUUGAUAACAAUAAUUGUGUUGAACUCACUUUAGAAACAAAAUUGAAAUCCGAUCUCAUCAGUGGUUCACUGAGUUAUGUCUCGUUUUUAGCCAAUAAUAAAAUGUUCCUUUUUGGUUCGUCUAUUGGCAAUAUUAGUUUAUUAUGUUGA